CGUCACGUCAGUGAUAAUAUUAUAACCUAAAAAGUAACCUACAUGUUUGUUUGUUGUUGAUAAUUGAUAAAUUAAAUUUUAAAAAAUUCAUGAAUUAUAUUCUUGAACAACAAUCUUAUCAAUAAAUAACAAUGAGGGAAGUGUUUUUAUCAACAUGUGAAAAGAAUUUCAUACAAAAAAUCGUAUCUGAAGGACAUCGUUUAGAUGGCCGAAACUAUAAUGAAAAUAGACAGUUGGAGAUAACCUUCGGUUCAGAAUACGGCAGUUGCAUUGUAUCAUUAGGCGAAACAAAGAUUUUAGCUCAAGUAACAUGUGAGGUCACUCAACCAAAACAAAUUAGGCCAAAUGAGGGCAUUUUAUCCAUAAAUGUUGAGAUAAGUCCUAUGGCAGCGCCACAGUUCGAGGCAAACCGUCAAACUGACCUCACAGUCUAUUUAAACAGAUUAUUGGAAAAGUGUUACAAGGACUCCAAAUGUAUUGAUUUGGAAUCAUUGUGUAUAGUAGUUGAAGAAAAGGUGUGGUCACUGAGAGUGGAUGUCAAAGUGCUGAACCACGCUGGUAAUGUAAUAGAAUGUGCAAGCAUAGCCACGCUGACAUCAUUAGCUCAUUUCAAGAGGCCCGACAUCACUAGAAGUGGAGACAGUGUAAUAAUUCACACAAUAGCAGAGAAAGACCCAAUACCCACUGUGCUGUAUCAUUAUCCAGUGUGCUUGACAUUUGCUAUAUUCGGAAAUGACACUCUCAUAUCAGAUCCUAGUUUCAUCGAGGAGUCUGUCUGUACAAGCAGUACAGAGGAGGGAAUCUGCACUGGAGGGGGGCUGCUAGCAGUUGGCAUGAACCAGUACAAGGAGUUAUGCCUGUUGAACCUCACUGGAGCGGCAUUGUAUAACUCCAAGAUAGUACAUAGAGCUAUACAACAUGCAGCAGACAGAUGCAAAGAUGUUGUGGACUUAGUGAAGAAUGUGAUCAAUAUGGAUGCUACUAGAAGGCAAAAACGCGAGAAAAUAAACUUCUGUGAGAUAAUAACGACAGACCACAUGCUUUCACUGAGAUUCAACAUUCGCCUCAAGAGCUACAGCGCUGAUGUUGUGAAGGAUGAUAAUGAGGAUGAAAAAAUGGAGGAAGACUUUGAAGAAGAAAAACCAGAGCCGAGCAAAUACGACGUCGUGGCGUCAUUACCUCAAACUGCAGAGAUAAUCACCAAAAAGGGAGCUUCAACAUGGAUAGAGGUGUCAUCAGAAUCAGAGGAAGAUUGAAAUACUUAUAUUUGUUACAUAAAAUGUAAUAAAUUUACACUUUACAAUUU